AUGGUCUACAUCGCCCAACCACAGUCGGCUCUGCCCCUUGCCGAAGGCUUCCACAAGGAUCUUUCCUGCGACGCUCGUGGCUACCUCGGCAAGGAAAACUGGCCACGAUCCCAAAAGCAGUCCACUUCUUACAAGCAGACAGACUCCGCGGCUCCUCUCGCUGCAAUCCCCUUCCCAACAACAGCACAAGCAGCAACCGACUCGGAUGCCGAAGUGGAAGCCGCGACGACCACAGCUCCUAUUGCCGCGUCCGCUCAGGAUGAUGCCGACCUCAAGUCGUCCACCUCGGUUAGCGACUGGUGCGCUCAGAUGGUCUGCUACAUCUGGUUCAGCGGCAUCGACAGCCACGAAGCCAGCUACCCGCUCUCCUGCGCCUCUAGCCCUUCCUCCCACCCCGGCCGUCUCUCCGUCACCAGCUCGCCUACCGCCUCCACCUCCUCCGCACACCAGCGUCACUCAAAGAAGCUGAGCCUUGGCAGUCUUUCCGAAGCCGUCUCGUUCUCGGUGCGUGACCUCCACAAUGCCGUCGAGGCUCACGCCCGCUCCGCUGUCGACUCGCCGCGCUCCCGGCCCAGCGCAUCCGAACGAUCCAACGACCCGCGUCUACUCCGCCUCUUCCCCCGACGCCGCUUCACCGACUUUGUCCGCAACAUGCUCAACACCACACAGGUCUCUAAAUCGGUCAUCAUCCUGGCUCUCCUCUACAUCCACAGGCUCAAGUCCAAGAACCCGGGUCUCCGUGGUCAGGAUGGCAGCGAGUUCCGCCUCUUUGUCACCGCCCUCAUGCUCGCCAACAAGUUCCUCGACGACCACACCUACACCAACAAGACAUGGUCCGAGCUGUCUGGCCUCAAGCUCAAGGACAUCACCAAGAUGGAGAUCGAGUUCUGGCUUGGUCUCUCUUCCAACAUUCACGCUUCCGACGUCGACUUUCGCAGCUGGAUUGGCACGCUCGAGAUUCUCGCAGAGCGUCGUCAGCUCGCUCUCAGCGCACACGAAGCCGAAAAGAUCCGCCAAGCUGCUCUCCACCACCAGCACAACUUGGUUCAGCAGCAUCACCCUUCCACAAGGCAACCCACUCUGCUUUCUCCCCACUCAGCACCUGGCCUCGCCUCGAUCUACGACACUCCCCGCCGCAUCGCACACAACUCUCGUGUUAGUCAGUCGCGAUCGUGGUCGCCAGAGCACCUUGCCGUCGACUCCCGUCCUCGUUCGUCGUCAGCUACCAGCCACUUGAGCCACGUCUAUGCUUCCGCUCCCGCUCCCGCUCCCGCCGCCGCCACAACUAUCGCCGCACCUGUGCCCAGAUUCGACCUCGAUGCUAGCGUCCAGGCCAUGAUGAACAACGCAGGCUACCCCACGCCGGCCACUUCGUCUGCUGACGCAAGGUUGUCCGCCAUGGUGCCUACCCUUGCAGCGCAGCCCGACGUCUGCAUCGGCAGCAAGAGGAGCUAUGCGCAGCACGAUCAGACGAGUCCACUCAGCGAGACCCACUGCUACCGUUCCACUCCGUCGCCAAGCCGCAGUGUCAAGCGUCGCCAGGUGACCGACGACCGAGCUUUGCAGGCCUUCACCUCGGGCCCGCGCAACUACGGCUUGAGCCCUCCGUUUGCCCAGCCUUGCCCACGAAGUGUGUUUGAGCCUCUGGUCUCGACACCCAACACGUUGCUUGCUCCCUACGCCUUCCAGCAGCACUCGGCGGGCGCAGGCGGCAUGAUGCCCAAACAGCACGCUCUUGCCUACUGGCAGUUGGCAGCGGGGUAUGACCGAGGCAUCUUGGGCGUUCACAUGCCUUACGCACCCAUCGCGUCUCAGCAGACCGACUACUUCCACUGGCAGCCAACGCAACAAAGUGUCAAUGGCGAGCACGAGCCUCUGGACAAUGUCAUGAUCCGCAAGCCUCUCUCCUCAACCACACCCUAUCCCACGCCUCCCAUCGACGCCUUUACGCCGUUGCAUCACCAGGCCCAGCAGCACCACCAUCACGCUGCUUACAGCGGUUACCCUUCGACAAAGCAGGGCCUGAUGCACGCCACCGGCUGUGCCCAGUAUACCGGGCAGACCCCGCACGCGCCUUUCAACAACGCAGAAGCACACUACGUCGACCCGCUCUUCAUCCGCUACUAA